UCUGGUACAUUCUGAUCGUUAUCAGACACUAAAAAAUACAAGCGGGAGUAUGAACGCUAUGAUUUGUCAACUCCAAGACCUACCGCCUUACAUGGAGUCCGAAAACAAGAGUUUCGAACCGUGGCGUGACUACCUGAAGUUAGCUGACCUAGUGCGUGAGAUGCAGUUAGGCAGGUUCACCCCAGAACCGUCAACCGUUGAGGGUCAUGACUCCGGGAUAUGGUCGACCAUGGUGGAAUUUGAAGAGUUUCCGCCGCGAGCCUUGCUGUUACCGAUAACACCCGUGGCGACACCACCCCUAUGGCACGAAAUGGAACCCCUGGAUUCCGAAAUCGUCCUCUUGUUCGAAGACGCUCCUUUAUCGCCGAGCAGCACCGAGGGUCCCGAGCCCCCUACAGCACCGCCCAGAUCCCCCGCUGGCACCUGGGACCAGAGUGGGAGAAACACGCCGGAGGAGGUGCUAUCACCCGAGCGCACCUGGGACCAGAGUGGGAGAAACACGCCGGAGGAGGUGCCAUCACCCGAGCGCACCUGGGACCAGAGUGGGAGAAACACGCCGGAGGAGGUGCCAUCACCCGAGCGCACCUGGGACCAGAGUGGGAGAAACACGCCGGAGGAGGUGCCAUCACCCGAGCGCACCUGGGACCAGAGUGGGAGAAACACGCCGGAGGAGGUGCCAUCACCCGAGCGCACCUGGGACCAGAGUGGGAGAAACACGCCGGAGGAGGUGCCAUCACCCGAGCGCACCUGGGACCAGAGUGGGAGAAACACGCCGGAGGAGGUGCCAUCACCCGAGCGCAAGUUCUGCGGCUUCUGCAAAUACAACGGGCAGCCUGAGUCGGUGUUUCUGUCCCACAGCAUCAAGAACCAGGAUGGGGACAUGAUGUGCCGGUACCUGCAGCUCAGUCUUUGCCCUCUCUGCGGGAUCACCGGGGCCCAAGCCGCCACCAAGCACCAUUGUCCACCAUUGGUGUAAAGUACUUGAAAUUACUUCUUAA